UCUUAUAAUCACGUGAUUAAAUCUCGCUUCUUGAUUGGUCGAUUUCCCCAGUUUAAAUCGAGGCGGCCAUUUUGGAUAAAGAAGUUGUUCCGUCGCUGCAGAAAAAAGGAUACCUCCAACUUCUUCUUGGAUUUUUGACCAUAUCGGAGGAAAUUUGAAGAUAAUACAGGCAUACAGACACUAGCAUCAAGAUGCCACGGAAGAGGAAAACACGACAGACAACCCGCGCCAAACCCAAGCUGCCGGAAGGCGACGAGGGCCACGAUAUGGACCAAGAAGAGAGGGAACGCAAGAAGGAACUCUUCCUCAAGGACUUUGAUAAUGAAGUUGAGUCGAGGAUCAAGCAGUCGUACGAGCUGUGUGAGAAGAUCUGUAACCUGGGGAGACAACAGUUCAGACUGGAGGUCAUGAAACUGCCCAAGAAAAUCCAGAACAUGACAAUGGCUGAGUUCUUAGCCCAGGGCGGCAGUAUUGAGGCCAUACAGCUCCAGUCUGUGGCAGAGACCGAUGCUAAGGAGUGCACAUCUGCUGAAAAAACAAGGAUGCCACUGGCUGCAGUGAGCAGCAAUAUAGCAGCAACAGAAACUGUUGAAGAAAAGGAGAGUAAACCCAAAGGAAGACCCAAGAGAAAGGCUGCCAAGAAGGACACUGCCCCCCCACCGACUAAUAAGAGAAUGACCAGGUCUUCUGCCAGGACACAGGGCGGGGCGGCGUCAAGACUGGGAAGCAAGACCAGUCGGAACGCUCUCACCACCCCAGCGGUGAAGGGAAGCAAGCCUGUGUGGAGUGACACCCCUCUCAUCACACCCAAGUUUGAUCCAAGACUCCCAACAACCCCGAUGGUACGGGAGGCGAAGGCUGGCGAGAGACUGAUGUCGAUUUCGGGGAGUCCUGUUCUGAACAGGCCAAUGGCCGCUGCUGUCAAAGUACCUGAGGCUCUUAUACCCGUGGGAGAUGGCAAGGUGUUCCAGUGUAGCCAUGAUGUGGACCCAGAUGAUGUAGAGAUCCCAGACAUGGACGAGAAAACUAUUAGUAACAUCCAACUGCUACAGCAAAAACUGGCGGCUAUUCUCAAAAAGGCCAGACAGAACCAGACCACAUCACAAAGCAGCAGCACAGAGUCAGACUAAGGGGAGAACCAGGGGUGCUUUGUAUAUUUUGUAUUUAUGUGGGUAGUAUAAAGAUUUAAAACUAGGUUAUAACUACUUAUUAGAACAUUCUAGAAUGACUUGUAGGCUGCUAUUUCCAUACUGUGGUAAUGAGUAUUGUGGCUAUUUUUCCACCUUGUUGUGUAUGGUAUUUUGUUUUUAUGUCAUUUUUUUUAGAAAACCAUUUUAACUUCUUUUACAUCCUCUGCUAUACUCUUGCCCUCCGAGAUCUUU